AUGAGCAAGUUGGCGUAUACAACAGCCAAUCUCUCCGAUAUACAGCUAAAGGAACAAGGAAACCAACUGUUUGUAUUGCGCAAGUUUGACGAGGCUGUGGGCUGUUAUACUAAAGCAAUUAUAAAAAAUCCUAAUAACGCAACAUUUUUCACGAACCGAGCACUGUGCUACUUGAAGCUUAAACGGUGGCAAUUGGCAUGCCAGGAUUGUCGUCGAGCUUUAGAUAUUGAUUCAAAUUUACUUAAGGCCCACUUCUUCUUGGGCCAGUGCUUAAUCGGAAUGGAAUUAUACGACGAAGCAAUAAAACAUUUACAAAGAGCUUUCGAUUUAUCAAAAGAACAAAAACAGAAUUUUGGAGAUGACAUCACCUCACAGUUACGCCUAGCCCGAAAAAAACGAUGGAGUUUGCUAGAAGAAAAGCGCAUAUGUCAUGAAAUCGAAUUACAAAGUUAUUUAAAUAAACUCAUGAAAGAAGAUAUGGAUAGGCUUUUGGAAGGAUUGAAACUUGAUGACAAUGUGACCGAUCAUGAACUAAGAGAGAAGCAGCAGGAAAUCGAGCAGCAGUGCGUAAGUAUUACCUGUUCAUAG